UGACGAAAGUAGGAAUGUACUGAUGGAGACAGAUCCAUAGUUCACUCCCCGAUUUAAUUGUGGGGACAAUUGGAAUAUUCAGUGUUUCUGGAUGGCAAGAUUGGGUGGGAGUUUUCAGUGGUUUUGUCUUGAGGUUAGGCAUUUGGAAAUGGGUUAAGGUAAAGAUUUUGGUAUUGCUAGAAUGAAACAAACCACCGACCUCGUUUCGGAAUUAUCGUUACAAAGUACGUACUGUUUCCUCUCUCCCCAAAUAUAGUGUGUUUUGGAAGCGGUGCAGCGCCUCGGUCUCGCUGCGAUGAAGUGGGACGGGGAGGGGAUAUUAUCCAGGGCGAGGUUGGCAGUUGACAGGAAAGCGUAGUGGGAAACAAAGCAAGGACAUCAGACAUGAAUUCAUCCUGGUAACAUUUGCAUAGGCUUCCGUUAUGUUUUCAUUGUCAAAGCAGUUUUUCAUCCACACUACGAUGGAUGCUGUGUGCAUGGCGCCUCUAUUGUGCUAGUGAGGACUCGUUGGAAAUACAAUAAUCGGACUGAAGGUGACGCAACGUAUUUUUAUUGGAACUAUACAUUCCCUCUACAUUUGCGACAUGUUCUGUUAAACGCUCAUCGGUGGAUUGCUGAUUUGAGACGACUAGGCUAUAGCCGACUUUUUCGAAAUUAUCACAAACUACUUGAUAAUAGACUUCCGUUAUUGAAUCCAUAUGUUCUUUAUGAUUUCAUAUUUCUGGCAGUUAUAUGAUAGCAUAUAAUAAGACGCGUGGAAGUAAACAAAUAUAUAUAUACAUUGAUACAGAGGUAGAAAAUGAACGGGUUCCAGACCAGUCCUCCUGAAUGUCCAGACAGCGUCUGUUCAAUCGAAGGACUACCCCCUUUGCCAAAAGGCCUCAGCGGCAUCCUGAACUCCAGUGGUGGCUCAUGGAGGGACGUCAAAAAAGUCUACAGUAAACUGACAAGCAUUCAGGCCGACAUUAGCAAGUCUACAGUGAUCGACUCUCUCGGCCGCAUCAAGCCUGCAAGUCUGGACGCAGGGCUCGCAGUGCUGCGCGAAGAAAUGGUGGGCCUCAGACAGUUGGACAUGUCUCUGCACUGUCAGCUGUGGUCUCUCUAUGAGUCCAUCCAGGAGUACAAGGGAGCCUUUCAGGACAUCUCCAACUCUCUGCUGUCAGAGAGCAGCAUCACUACAGAAAAUAGUUACUCUGAGGAAGAGGAUGAUUAUGAAGAGGAGGAGAACGAUGGUGAUAAUGUACCUCAGAAUCUACCUGGCACUUCACUGACUCUCCAGUCAACUCAAAACUCCCGGGACCAAUGGAUCAAAGAGUCUUUCCACAUUUCCUUAUAAACCAACUAAUAUUUUCCCUGUAUUUACAUAAUAUAACCUGUUUCCUGUUCUGUAUAGCUGUUUUAUUAUUUAUUAUACUUGUACCCAGCUAGCUAGGUUAUUGGCAGAAUAACAUUUUUAUACUGGUGCCCUACUGAUGAACCGUCUCCAUCACACAAGGUGCUGACAUUUUCAACAAAACCUUGUUACUAUACAAUCCUUUGUUAAAGAGACCUUGCUUGUUGAUUUGGACUAAUUGUACGUAUCUUGAAAACACAAGCCAAUUAAGCCAUAUUUCAAAUACCUGAUGAUUUAUAUAUAUAUACAUAUAUAUAUUACAUAUACAUAUACAUGAUUGUAAAUGCCUUGUAAUUUACUCCUUCAUCGGAGUAAAACAGAUUUUUCUCUAAAUAUAAUUUUCUUCUCUACAAUUUUAAGAUUGAAUGUAAUCUUAGACACGUAGUCACAUGCACACAAUGUCAGUAUUUCUUUUUUUUGUUUGUUGUGAUGGGAAGUUUAUGUAUUGAGCUUUUUUAAUAUCUUGGCAUAAAAAUAAAAAAUGCUAUGGACAGUAACCAUGUCUUUUAAGUCAAAUCUACACUACUUCAAUGGUCCGUUAAUGGGUCCAGCUCAACUGUAAUAUAUUGGUUUGGAAAGGGGUUAUUGACAUACUCUAACCACUAGAUGGCAACAUUUGUUGUGACAGAUAUCAGCAUCUGUUCCACAUGUAGAAAACCUGAAAAAUCUUGUUUCCCAAGAUGAAGUCAGAAAGCCCUUUAGUUCCAAAAACUGUACUUUUGUUCUUGUGUUUCUGGCUCACUGCAGAGUAUGCAUUUUGAUAACUGUGGAAGUGUGCCUUUUUGAUAACGAUGGAAGUGUGCCUUUUUGAUAACUGUGGAAGUGUGCCUUUUUGAUAACUGUGGAAGUGAGCCUUUUUGAUAACUGUGGAAGUGAGCCUUUUUGAUAACUGUGGAAGUGUGCCUUUUUGAUAACUGUGGAAGUGUGCCUUUUUGAUAACUGUGGAAGUGUGCCUUUUUGAUAACUGUGGAAGUGUGCCUUUUUGAUAACUGUGGAAGUGAGCCUUUUUGAUAACUGUGGAAGUGUGCCUUUUUGAUAACUGUGGAAGUGUGCCUUUUUGAUAACUGUGGAAGUGAGCCUUUUUGAUAACUGUGGAAGUGAGCCUUUUUGAUAACUGUGGAAGUGAGCCUUUUUGAUAACUGUGGAAGUGAGCCUUUUUGAUAACUGUGGAAGUGUGCCUUUUUGAUAACUGUGGAAGUGAGCCUUUUUGAUAACUGUGGAAGUGAGCCUUUUUGCAUCUAACUAUUACUUACAGUAUCUCACAGGAGAAGUUAUGUGGAUGCCAUUGAUAUCAUUGUUUAGCCCUUUAAAGUUAUAUGACUGUACUUUUGCAUGUUUUUGGUUCAUGAGAGCACCACUCUGACUGUCUGGCCAUUAUAAACAAACCGUUCCAGCCACACAUGGACUUAUUAGGUAAUGAUCCCUGUUCUCUCCCCAGGGUAGGAGGAGGAGUCCAGAACACAGUAGCUGUAAAACAUUCAACUACCAUCAUAAUGCCUUCCUUACUAACGGAAUUAGCCCCGAACAUCUAGUGUUUCUACCUAUUUAGUGGUUGAAAUAGAAUUUGAAUAAAACAUAAAAGUCUUGUUUAAACUUGAAAACACCAUAAUGUUUUGUGUAAAGGAAGGUUAGAGGAAUACAACCAGGACAUCCCAGGUCAUUUAUCUUGCUAGCUUGCCAUUAUAUUUAGUAUUAAGGCAAUGUGUAUGACAACUCAUCAACAUCAAGCAAUAAUAGCAGAGGCUUAUACCAGUAGGCCCGGCUUAUUGUUGUCUUCACAUAGUUUCAUCCAUUCCAUGCCACACUUCCAUAUAUAUUACAUAGACAUUAUGUCAGCAUGACUAGAAUGGAAUAACUUCUGUAAUUACAGUCUAAUAAGUAUAUUAGUACACACAGAGUCAGUAUGUUUUCUUUGAAGACAGAAUCAAAAGUAAUAGCAGCAAAUACUAAGGUCAGAGCAGCAAGUGUACUCUUAGGAAAAAAAGGUGCUAUCUAGAACCUAAAAAUAGUUAUUAGGCUGUCCUCAAGGCAGAACCCAUUGAAGAACCCUUUUGGUUCAAUGUAGAACCCUUUAAACAGAGGGUUCUACAUGGAACCUAAAAUAGUUUUACCUGGGACCAAAAAGGGUUCUCGUAUGGGGACAGUUGAAGAACCCUUUUUUCUAAGUGUGUACUGCUUAACACAGUAACUGGUGACAGGAAUUACAUGAAUAGAUCAACUCUACCCUUGUGCAAGCUACGUUACAGAUCCACUAGCCACCAGGAAAUGACUAAUUGAAAACAGGAAGCCCCAUACAUGCCUCAGACAUCCAUGAUCAUUUCCCUAAUAGCCACAGAGCAAGGCCACUUUACUGCAACCUUUGAUUGUAUUUUCGUAAUAACGGUCUCUGAAAUAUUUUUACCAUUGGUGGUCAGUUCCCAUUUCAAUCAUUUUAUUUACUAUUCAUAUAGCAACAGAAUAUGAAAACUGGGGUGAGAGCAUUUACAGUCCUACUACAUCACUGUCAGACUGAUAAAUGACAGACAUUACGUCCAUCCACUCAGCUGACAGCAGGAUCUGUAUCAUCACAAUGAUGAUGACGCCCUAACAUAAACCAGAUACUUCGAAGAGGGCAAAUAUUUUCCAGAGUGGUAUAACUUAUAACUUAAUUUUUAUCACUAUGAUUGGAUUUGUUGGUAUUUAUUUGUACUGUUCAAUAGGCUAUCUGUGUUGAUGUCAUCAGACAUGUCAUCAAUUAGGCUAGCCUUUGCCUUCUUUGAUCUUAAGAGGAGAAGGGCCUCAAUCAAUAGCCUAAUGAUGAUGGAUCAAAUUAAAACAAUCCAUUGUUCACUCUUAGCGGAAUCCUAAAGUUACUAGGCACUUAUUUUCUAUAAACCAUGAUAAGGGAGAUAUUCAAUGUGAUCGUUCAAGUAAUACAGAACAUUAAAACAGGUGAGAGCUAUUACAUUCCUUGUAGAAAGUCCCAUGUAUUUCUAUAAAUAGGCCACACACAGCUGCGGGACGUAGGGGUGCUGAGGGUGUUGUAGCACCCCC